AUGAAGGUCAAGAUCAAGACAUGGCACGCGGUGGCCACAUGGCGAUGGGACAUGCCUGAGGACGAAGUCUGUGGCAUUUGCAGAGUCCAGUUUGAUGGCACUUGUCCUACGUGCAAGUUUCCUGGCGAUGAGUGUACCCUUUUGAUGGGAAAGUGCGGCCACUCAUUCCACAUGCACUGUCUGUUGACCUGGAUACAACAAGAGUCCGCCCGGGGUCUCUGUCCAAUGUGCCGUCAGAAAUUCGAGUGGAAAGACGGUAAUCAACAAGCACAGGCGCCGGAGGCCGGUUGA